AUGAAGGUUGGUCGUGUGGUGAACGUAUCGAGCUUUGUUGGUCCCCAUACUCUAAACAAGUGCAGCCUGGAGCUCCAGCAGCGUUUCCGUAGCGACGACAUCACAGAGGACGAGCUGGUGGGCCUGAUGCAGCGAUUCGUCGACAAGGCCAAGAAAGGAGAGCACAAGCAAGACGGCUGGCCCGAAAUGCCAUAUGGCGUGUCGAAACUGGGACUGACUACUCUGUCCAUGAUCCUGGCUCGACGUCUGUCCAAGGACAGGCCAAAUGACGGGAUCUUGCUGAACGCUUGCUGUCCAGGAUGGGUACGCACCGACAUGGCCGGUGAGAGAGCAGCCAAGUCACCAGACGAGGGCGCCGUCACACUGGCAUAUCUGGCCCUUCUGCCGCCUGAAACUAUGGAACCUCACGGAAAGUUUGUCUCUGACAAGAAAGUUCAACCGUGGUGAACACUGGAUGAAUUUAAGUCUUCACAUAGGCAACAAUCUGUUCAUUUUUUAAGAAGGGGUUGAAACCAGUUACUGAAAGAUACAAAGGUACAAAAGGGACAAAAGGUACAAAAGAACCUUCUUACCAACAACACCAUAAACUGCAAAGUUUCACAAAAAAGUCACUACAACAACACAAGCAAUAGGCUUUACCAAGAUAUCCCCAAAGUGUUCUGAUUGGACAUCACAGAUAUAGUAUGGCGGAAAGUGUCAAGGGAAAAGUUGGCUCCCUUAGACUUUUCUCUCCCGUUUGACAUCUUGGAUUCUGGCAUUGGCUGUUACUUGCACACACACAUAACAAUAAAAUAAAUUCUUAAAUGCUGUGUUUUAUGCCAAAGACAAAUAUGUCAGACGAAACAACCUCAUUCAGAUGCCUUCAAACUGUUUCUGGUUAAAAUCUUGUAAAUCAUCUCUGCUCCAUCUAUUCUCCCGUUGAGUCAGUACCCCAGCAGAUUGUGAGCCAGCAUGGUGCUGAUGUACAUUACGUGUAACAGUGGGAGUUGUAGUCUUGUCAGACAAGAGUAAAGCCCCGAUUGCCUUGUAGAUAAAAACUAAUCCGUUGCGUGGGAGCAGUGUGGUGACGGCCAGAGACAGAGGGGAAAGAUAAUCCUCUAAUCUCUGCUGUCUGCCAGAGGAAUUUCCCUCACCCUCCCUUUGAUGAUCAUAAUGACCGCCACUGUCAUUGUUUGUAAGCGCUGGACGGGCAUUAUAAUUACUUUAUUGAUCCUGUAGUUGGGAAUUCCCUCAGUGGUAAAUUCACAAGUGACAAAACUAAUACAGUCAUCAAUAACAACUUUGAAUACGUGCAGCACAUUAUUAGGGUGGACAAGAGGCCUUGUUUCUCUAUAACUCAUUUAUCUGUGUCAUUUUUAGCAUAAAUGACAGUUUAUAACAUGGAUGCUGAUUUUAAUAUAAAAAAGUGCUUAUAUCCAAUGGGACGACAUUGCUAAUAAUUAGCUUAUUUAGCCUGUUUCAUGUUAGACACGUUCUACUAAAUUCUAAGGAACUAAUAAUAAUAAAUAAAUAAUAAUACAUUUGAUGUAUUUUGCAAUCUACAUUUACAGUUACCGCUGAAUGUGGGUCAUAAAAUUGAACCAAAAAAUUUUGUUAAGCACAAUUAAUUUGUGAGCUAGGUAUUUCCCAACAUGGCCCAGUUGGUUCCAUGUUUUUUUUUUCUUUUGCACUACAUGUAACCCUUUCCAUUACUUAAAAACUGCAUUUUGUAUUUUCCUGUGCUAUUUCUGUCGGAUCUUAAACUUUGUUUGACCUUAGGCAUUCAACUGGACAGAAACUUCCAAAAGAUUUAUUGUUGUUUUUAAUCAGAAAGUUUCACAGUUUAAAAAGAAUACAACAUUACCACGCUGUGGCAUUUUAAAUAUCUAUAUGUGUAUGCUGCCAAUGCUACACACCAUCACCAUGACCUCCAAAGUCUAGUGUUAAGAUGUGAUUUUGAGACCUGACUACAAAAUGGUUGACUUACUGUGCUGUGUACUAAAAAAUAAGUGAACGGACAAUUCAAACACAACUUGGGAACAUUUUAUCCUGUCUUUUUUAUUUUCCUGUAGCAACUAGCUGGCCACAUGCUAAAAGUAUGCUAACAUUAGCAUAUAAACAGAGCUAGGCUAUCUGGUAUUUUUUACCGUAUAAAUUUAUUUUCUCACAAAUUUUUAUUAUUUCCAUGACAAGAAAAUUGCGACUGCUUUUUUUCAGCUUCUGUUGAGAGUUUUAAUGUUCCUUAGCCACCAGGGUCUGCAGCCCUGUCUAGCUUUUAAAACAAAGUUAUA